GGAGCCAGUGCACCUGGCCCAUCUCAAAAGACUUAAUCCAUUUCAGUAUCAACUCUCAAAAGUCUUAAUCCAUUCCUAUAUCAGCUCUUAGGGCAGAAUACCCCCUAAAUGUUAUCUGAACCACACAUGGGUGAGAAUCAAAGUGUGAUUCAUCCUGAGGCAAAAUUUCUGCCCAGCUGUGAAUCUGUGAGGCCAGAGAAGUUUAACUGCUUCCAAAAUAUAAUGGUGAUAAAGGCAUAGGAUACAUUCCCCAGCCCUGGUAACCACCCUUCUGUUACUGUAAAUUUGACGUUUGUACUUUGCACGUGUAAAAGCACAUGCAGUAUUUGUCUUUCUGUGUCUAGCAUAUUUCGCUUGGCAUAAUGUCUUCCGGGUUCCUGGAUCCAGCCAUGGCUCCACAUCAAAUCCCCAGCGAGAUCCUAGUUGCCUGACUACUGAGUAGCUUCAGCAUCACUGGCAAGAGUGGAUGAAGUCUACCAAGCUUGUAAAAAUCGGUUUUGACUUAGUUCAACUUGUUAAGAAGUCAUCUUAGUUUCCAAUAUAAGUGGACCACAACUUUAAGCUUUAACCUUAAAUUUUGAAACAUUAACUUAAAAUAGGCAGGAAGCAACGCUGCUUCACAGGACAAGAAAUAGUCAGAAAACCAAAGACAUGCUGCCUGUGAAUCAGAGUAAAUAACAGGCUCUAUCUCGGCCCGCUUACGCCAUGAAACCCCGCCCCAUCCUCCGCCGCGGCUCGGUCACGCCCCACCUAGCCUCGCCCAUUGCCGCUCUGGCCCGGCUCCACCCUCUCAGGGUCCCUCCCCAGUCAGGCCCCUCUUUCCGACCGGCCCCUUGCUGGUCGCGGCUCGCCCAGGCGCCGCCCCCUGGCCUCCCAGUUUUUUCUCUCCGCUAGCAGUUUCCGUCACUCCCGGAAGCAGAUUGCGCCAGGGAAAGGCCUUAUCGCUGUGUGUGUGUGUUUCAGUCUACGUGGAUGAAACAUUGCUUCGCUCCGUCUGCCUGGAUUAAACGUGCACUUUGCAGUCCUCACUUCUCCAUACCAAUGAUCUGGGGAUCGCUACGGACCUUAAAAUACCCAUAGCCCCUUCGCCCCUGCAACAGGCACUUCUCCCCACGUUUGAUGUGUGAAUAAUUACAUUGACUGAGAAAGAAACCCAGAAGAGGAAGAAGAGGAAAGAAAAGGAGUCAGUGAUGGCUACUCAGGGGCAUUUGACAUUCAAGGAUGUAGCCAUAGAAUUCUCUCAGGAGGAGUGGAAAUGCCUGGAGCCUGUGCAGAAGGCUUUGUACAAGGAUGUGAUGUUGGAGAACUAUAGGAACCUGGUCUUCCUAGGUAUCUCUCCUAAAUGUGUGAUCAAGGAAUUACCACCAACAGAGAACAGUAAUACAGGAGAAAGGUUCCAAACAGUGGCACUGGAGAGACCUCAAAGCUAUGAUACUGAAAAUUUAUACUUCAGGGAAAUACAGAAACAUCUAUAUGACCUUGAAUUUCAAUGGAAAGAUGGUGAAACAAAUGAUAAAGAAGUGCCAGUGCCCCAUGAAAACAAUCUAACUGGUAAAAGUGAUCAACAUAGUCAAGGGGAUGUAGAAAACAAUCAUAUUGAAAACCAGCUUACAUCAAGCUUUCAGUCAUGUCUGGCUGAACUGCAGAAAGUUCAAACUGAAGGGAGACUUUAUGAAUGUAAUGAAACGGAAAAGACAGGUAAUAACGAUUGUUUAGUUUCUCCACACAUUAGGGCAAAACCUUAUGUAUGUAAUGAGUGUGGCAAAGCCUUUAAAGCGUCUUCCAGCCUUAUUAAUCAUCAGAGGAUACAUACUACAGAGAAACCUUACAAAUGCAAUGAGUGUGGCAAAGCCUUUCAUCGGGCCUCACUACUAACUGUACAUAAGGUAGUCCAUACAAGAGGAAAAUCGUAUCAAUGUGAUGUAUGUGGCAAGAUCUUCAGAAAAAAUUCAUAUUUUGUAAGACACCAAAGGAGUCACACUGGACAGAAACCCUACAUAUGUAAUGAAUGUGGCAAGUCCUUUAGUAAAAGUUCCCACCUUGCAGUUCAUCAGAGAAUUCAUACCGGUGAAAAACCUUACAAGUGUAAUCUGUGUGGGAAAUCCUUUAGUCAGCGUGUCCAUCUUAGACUUCAUCAGACAGUUCAUACUGGAGAGAGACCCUUCAAAUGUAACGAGUGUGGCAAAACCUUUAAACGGAGCUCAAACCUCACUGUACAUCAGGUAAUCCAUGCAGGAAAGAAACCAUAUAAAUGUGAUGUAUGUGGCAAGGCAUUCAGACAUAGAUCAAAUCUUGUAUGUCACCGGAGAAUCCACAGUGGAGAGAAACAAUACAAAUGCAAUGAAUGUGGCAAAGUCUUCAGUAAACGUUCAAGUCUUGCAGUGCAUCGACGAAUUCACACUGUAGAGAAACCUUGCAAAUGCAAUGAAUGUGGCAAGGUCUUCAGUAAACGUUCAAGUCUUGCAGUGCAUCAGAGAAUUCAUACUGGACAGAAAACUUACAAAUGCAAUAAAUGUGGCAAGGUCUACAGUAAGCAUUCACGUCUUGCAGUGCAUUGGAGAAUUCAUACCGGCGAGAAAGCUUAUAAAUGCAAUGAAUGUGGCAAAGUUUUCAGCAUACAUUCACGACUUGCAGCUCAUCAGAGAAUUCAUACUGGAGAGAAACCUUACAAAUGCAAUGAAUGUGGCAAGGUCUUCAGUCAACAUUCACGUCUUGCAGUGCAUCGGAGAAUUCAUACUGGAGAAAAACCUUACAAAUGCAAAGAAUGUGGCAAGGUCUUCAGUGACCGUUCAGCUUUUGCAAGGCAUCGGAGAAUUCAUACUGGAGAGAAGCCUUACAAAUGCAAAGAAUGUGGCAAGGUCUUCAGUCAAUGUUCACGUCUUACAGUGCAUCGGAGAAUUCAUAGUGGAGAGAAACCUUACAAAUGCAAUGAAUGCGGCAAGGUCUACAGUCAGUAUUCACAUCUUGUAGGGCAUCGAAGAGUUCAUACUGGAGAGAAACCAUACAAAUGUAAUGAAUGUGGCAAAGCCUUUAAUCAGGGCUCCACACUCAAUAGACAUCAGAGAAUUCAUACCGGAGAGAAACCUUACAAAUGCAAUCAGUGUGGGAAUUCCUUUAGUCAGCGUGUCCAUCUUAGACUUCAUCAGACUGUUCAUACUGGAGACAGACCUUACAAAUGUAAUGAGUGUGGCAAAACCUUUAAACGGAGCUCAAACCUCACUGCACAUCAGAUAAUUCAUGCAGGAAAGAAACCAUAUAAAUGUGAUGAAUGUGGCAAGGUAUUCAGGCAUAGUUCACAUCUUGUAAGUCACCAGAGAAUCCACACUGGAGAGAAAAGAUACAAAUGUAUUGAAUGUGGCAAAGCCUUUGGGCGGUUGUUUUCCCUCAACAAACACCAAAGAAUUCAUUCUGGCAAAAAACCUUAUAAAUGUAAUGAGUGUGGGAAAUCUUUUAUUUGUCGCUCAGGCCUCACUAAACAUCGAAUAAGACAUACUGGAGAGAACCUUACAACUAAACUCAAUGUGACAAGGCCUUAGACGUUGUCCUAGUUUCUGGAAUCACCGAAUACUUCAUACUUACUGAUAUACCUUGUAUAUUUACCCCUUCUCUUGAAAUCCCUAUGGAAUUGUAAUCUCCAGUAUUGGAGGUGGGGCCCAUUGGGAGGUGAUUGGAUCAUGGAAGUGGAUUUCUCAAAUUGAGAAAGAUUUAGCAUCAUCCCCUUGGUGCUGUCCUGGCAAUAGUGACUUCUCUUGAGGUCUGGCUGUUUAAAAGUGCAUAGCACUUCCCUGUUGCUUGCUCUCAUUCUUACCAUGUGAAAUACCUACACCCCCUUUGCCUUCCACCAUGAUUUUAACCUUCCUGAGGCUUCCCUAGAGGGUGAUCAGAUGCCAGCACCAUGUUUCCAUUUAAGCCUUCAGAAGUGUGAGCCAAUUAAACUCUUUUCUUUAUACAUUA